GGACUGGGGGGAGGGAGCAGAGGAGGAGGAGAGGAGGGGAAAGCGGGAGGGGGGGGGAGAGAGAGAAGAGAGGACAGGAGAAGAGAGGAGGAGGAGGGAGGUGGGGGAGUGAAAGGAGGAGGAGACGAGGGGAGGACAGGAGGAGGGGUGGGAGAGGAGGAGAGAGGGGGACAGGCGGGGGGGGGGGGGAGGAGAGGAGAGGGGGGGGGGAGUAGAGGAGGAGGAGGGAGGAGGGGGAGAGAGAGGAUGGAUGAGGAGGGGGGGGAGAGAAGAGGAGAGAGGAGGAGGGGUGGGGAGGGCAAGGAGGAGGAGGGGGGGGGGGGGGGGGUAGGAAAAAAAGGGCGGUGGGGGAGGAAGGAGGAGAGAGGAGGGGCCAAGGGGGGAGAGGAGGAGGAGGAGGAGGGUGGGGGGGGGGAAAGGAGGAGGGGGGGGGGUGGGGAAGAGGGAGUGGAGGAAGGGGGAAAGGGGGAGAGAGGAGGAGGGGGGGGAGAGGAGGGGGGGAGAGGGGAGGGGGGGGAGGAGAGGAGGGGGUGGGGGAGGGAGGAGGGUGGGAGAGAGGAGGAGGGGUGGAGAGAGAGGAGGGGGAAGGAGGAGGGGUGGGGAGGGGAGGAGGGAGAGAGGGGAGAAGGAGGGGGGGUGGGAGAGAGGAGGCGAGAGAGGGGGAGGGGGGGGGGGAGAGAGGAGGAGGAGGAGGGGGGGAGAGAGGAGGAGGUGGGAGAGGGGAGGAGGAGGGGGGGGGAGGAGAGGGGAGGGGGGGGGAGAGGAGGAGGAGGGGGGGGGAGAGGAGGAGAGAGGAGGAGGGGGGGGAAGGAGAGAGGAGGAGGGGUGGGAGAGAGGAGGAGAGGUGGGAGAGAGGAGGAGAGAGGAGGAGGGGUGGGAGAGAGGAGGAGAGAGGAGGAGAGGGGGGAGAGAGGAGGAGGGGUGGGAGGAGGGGGGAGAGGAGGAGGAGGAGAGGAGGAGGGGGUGGGAGACAGGAGGAGGGGUGGGAGGAGGAGGGAGAGGGGAGAGGGAGGAGGGGUGGGAGAGGGAGGAGGGGGGGAGAGAGGAGGAGAGAGGAGGAGGGGGGGUGGGAGAGAGAGGGAGAGAGGAGGAGGGGGGGGAGGGAGGAAAAGGAGGAGGGGUGGGAGAGAGGAGGAGGGGGGGAGAGAGGAGGAGGGGAGGAGGAGGGGGGGGGGAGAGAGGAGGAGGGGUGGGAGAGAGGAGGAGAGAGGAGGAGGGGUGGGAGAGAGGAGGAGGGGUGGGAGAGGGAGGAGGGGGUUGAGAGAGGAGGAGGGUGGGAGAGAGGAGGAGGGGUGGGAGAGAGGAGGAGGGGUGGGAGAGAGGAGGAGGGAGGAGGAGGGGUGGGAGAGAGGAGGAGGGGUGGGAGAGAGGAGGGGGUGGGAGAGAGGAGGAGAGAGGAGGAGGGGUGGGAGAGAGGGAAGUGAGAAAUGAACAUCACCCUCUCUCCUCUGUUUUAUCCUGUUUCCUCUCCACAAUCGCUAGACUUCUCUCAGUAGAAGGCUGUAGGGUUAUAGGACUGUUCAUCUCAGAAUUCCCCACUGUCACUGUUCAGGAGAUAUACGUACAGUAUAUUAUAUAUUAUAUUAUAUUAUAUGUGAAAAACUUCACAGGGCUCCAAAAUGUGUUUGUGGGUGUUGAUGUCGUUACCACACUGUUUUUUAAGAUCAAAUAGUUUUCCCCUCUGUUUCAGACAGUGUGCCACUGUUAAGCAUAGUCUGGAGUCAACCGGUUUGCCUUCGGAGGAUAACUUUUUUUGUGUGAUGUGUGGUUACAGUGAAGCCGAGCGUCAGACUGGUCCUUGUUUUUGUGGGAAGUGUUGAGUUCAUGACGAGGUUCACCCAUAAUAAAAGCGUACCUACACAUUUGGUAACACUUUGACAAAGUGGGAGUUAGGCUAUAUAACAAUGACCAUAAGCAUGGCUUACCUUCAGGAGAUCCACAUAAAAUGUAAAAGUAUUUUCAAACACCGAGAUGAUGUUGGUUUUGCUGUGACAUAGCUACCCAGAAUGUGUUUACUUUAAAGGCUUUAAUGUAUCAUUACGUGUGCCUGUAGGUUCUAGGAUAUGCUAAUAUGAUUGCGACUGUGAUCAUUGGUCGUUUGUUUACCCAUCAACAGGCUCUACUACACCAAUCACAAAGGAGGACCUGCAGGCGGUGACCAAUGACAAGAGCGACACGUCCAACCGCACCAUUACCUUCAACGUGAUUCGUCGACCAAAACUAGGCAGACUGGUGACGGUGCUGGCUGAUAAUAUUACUGUAGACGUCUCCUCCUUCACACAGACAAUGGUAAGAGCAGAACAUAACAACUAAGCCUAACCCUUAUCUACACACACACACCAUGGUAAGAGCAGAACCUGAGAUAGUGGUAAGAGUGCUGAUUUAGGAUCAGUUUUCAUAAUGAAUAAGAUUAUUUGGACAGGGGGGGGGGGGGGGGGACCAGGGUCCAUAUUCAUACAACGCUGAGUUGGAGUGCUGGUAAAGGAUCAGUUUCGCCUUUUUAGAUAAUAAUUAAUAUGAUUAAAUAGACAGGGGGGGACCUGAUCCUGGAUCAGCACUACUACUCUGAGACUCUUGAUACAUACAGCCGAAGUAGUUUAUAGGAGAAGACAAAACAAGACUCUUCUUGUGUAUUCUGGUUCAUUUAUCCAGUAAAACAAUAUUUAUGGUGAGAAACAAACAGAAGGAAACUCCACAGGAUAUAAAUUCCAAUUCAGUGCCGGAACAAUGUUGUUUGGCCUUGACCGGAAGCGUGGUCAGUGUUUUUGAUUGGAUAAGGCCCCAGGUCACACCUUCUACAGCUGAGUAAAUAGACAUGCAUUAUAAAUCUUUUCCAUUCUGAAUAUCAGCCACAGACUAGAUCUUCUCUUGCGGAAGAAGCGACUCAUGUGAAGUCUUCAUGUCUUCAAUUAUUCGUUGAUGGGAUGUUUUUACCAAAGUUCUGAUGUUCAGUGUUUUGUCUAACACUUUUUUAGUGUUUUGGUUCCGUUGAAAAGGGGUUACAAAAGUGGUGAAUUCCGGGCUUGCCCGUCCGAUUUAUAGUAACACCAGUCUUCACUGAUUUCUGGUCUCUGUGUGUCUCAGGUGGACCAGCGGGAGAUUCUGUACAUCCAGAGUCUCGUGGCGUCGGUUGGCUGGUCCGCCAUGGACUCAAUGACCUUCUCAGUGUCCUCACCUCCAGCUGCCCUGGAGAAUGAGACCUUCAAGAUGGACAUCUCCUACGAGAAUGCUGGACCCGACCGCAAGACACUGCUCCUCGCUAACACAGGUUUGGUGAAUCAUUGAUGAAAUGGGUGAAGAACCACAACCCAUUAUGCAAAGUUAUAAAUAAUGGUUAAUUUAAUGAAUAUUAUACAAUUAAGGGGUACUAAACAAGGUUGCCCCCUAUCACCUUAUUUAUUCUAGCAGUCAAAAUAUUAGCAAAACAUUACAUUUUUUAACCCAUAGGUGUUCCUGCUUACGGACGACUAAAGCUGCCAUAAUUAGAGUUAAAUAAAUGCACACAUAAACAAAAAUAAAUGCAAGAAUAACUAAAUAAACAGACAUAAAUAGAUAAAUAAAUAAAUGGAUGAAUGAUUGCAAACAUACAGUGCAUUCGGAAAGUAUUCAGACCCCUUGACUUUUCCCACAUUUUGUUACGUUACAGCCUUAUUCUAAAAUUGAAUGACAAAGCAAAAACAGGUUUUUAGAAAUGUUUACAAAUGUAUAAAAAAAAAAAAACGGAAAUAUCACAUUUACAUAAGUAUUCAGACCCUUUACUCAGUACUUUGUUGAAGCACCUUUGGCAGUGAUUACAGCCUCAAGUCUUCUUGGGUAUGACGCUACAAGCUUGGCACACCAGUAUUUGGGGAGUUUCUCCCAUUCUUCUCUGCAGAUCCUCUCAAGCUCUGUCAGGUUGGAUGGGGAGCGUUGCUGCACAGCUAUUUUCAGGUUUCUCCAGAGAUGUUUGGUCGUGUUCAAGACCGGGCUCUGGCUGGGCCACUCAAGGACAUUCAGAGACUUCUCCCGAAGCCACUCCUGCGUUGUCUUGGCUGUGUGCUUAGGGUCGAUGUCCUGUUGGAAGGUGAACCUUCGCCCCAGUCUGAGGGCUGAGCGCUCUGGAGCAGGUUUUCAUCAAGGAUCUCUCUGUACUUUGCUCCGUUCAUAUUUCCCUCGAUCCUGACUAGUCUCCCAGUCCCUGCCUUUGAAAAACAUCCGCACAGCAUGAUGUUGCCACCGCCAUGCUUCACCGUAGGGAUGGUGCCAGGUUUCCUCCAGACGUGACGCUUGGCAUUCAGGCCAAAGAGUUCAAUCUUGGUUUCAACAGACAAGAGAAUCUUGUCUCAUGGUCUGAGUCCUUUAGGUGCCUUUUGGCAAACUCCAAGUGGGCUGUCAUGUGCCUUUUACUGAAAAGUGGCUUCCGUCUGGCUACUCUGCCAUAAAGGCCUGAUUGGUGGAGUACUGCAGAGAUGGUUGUCCUUCUGGAAGGUUCUCCCAUCUCCACAGAGGAACUCUGGAGCUCUGUCAGAGUGACGAUCGGGUUCUUGGUCACCUCCCUGACCAAGGCCCUUCUCCCCAGAUUGCUCAGUUUGGCCGGGCGACCAGCUCUAGGAAGAGUCUUGGUGGUUCCAAACUUCUUCCAUUUAAGAGUGAUGGAGGCCACUGAGUUCUUGGGGACCUUCAAGACUGCAGAAAUGUUUUGGUACCCUUCCCCAGAUCUGUGCCUCGACACAAUCCUGUCUCGGAGCUCUACGGACAAUUCCUUCGACCUCAUGGCUUGGUUUUUGUUCUGACAUGCACUGUCAACUGUGGGACCUUUAUAUAGACAGGUGUGUCCCUUUCCAAAUCAUGUCCAAUCAAUUGGAUUUACCACAGGUGGACUCCAAUCAAUUUGUAGAAACAUCUCAAGGAUUAUCAAUGGAAACAGGAUGCACCUGAGCUCAAUUUCGAGUCUCAUAGCAAAGAUUCAGAAUACUUACGUAAAUAAGGUAUCUUUUUUUAAUAUAUACAUUUAUAUAUACAUUUGCAUACGUUUCAAAAAAACUGUUUUCGCUUUGUCAUUAUGGGGUAUUGUGUGUAGAUUGAUGAGUAUUUUUAUUUAUUUAAUACAUUUUAGAAUAAGGCUGUAACAUAAUAAUAAUGUAUGAAAAUGGAAGGGGUCUGAAUACUUUCUGAAUGCACUGUAAUUAUGGCCGCUUCGGUCCUCCAUACCUGCUUGUCUCUCGUUUCGUUCUAGGUGCUGUGGUGACCGAGGGUGACAGCAUCGUCAUCGACAAGUCCAAGCUGGAUGCGUCUAACCUUAUGUCCAAGCUGCCCACACCCCAGCGCAGCUCCCACGAGAUCUGGUUCCAGGUAAAGUCUCUACCCCAGCAUGGGGUCGUCGUGGUGGGAGAGAGGAACCUCACCGUGGAGAAACCCAACUUCUCACAGUACAUCCUCAACAAGUAUGGCAUCACGUACCGCCACGACGACUCCGAGACGCUCCACGACCGCUUUCUCUUCGUCACCUGGCUGAACCCCAAGGGUAAGCCGGCGCAGCGCCCUCUGGACGACAACCAGGUACUUAAUGUUGCUAACCUACUGUACCUUGUAUUUUGCACAAAUUUAGUCAACUGUUUAUUUCUGGACUGGUACAGGUCUGUUAUUUUUUAAUUGGCAUUUUUUGUCUGUAUGAACUUUGUGUAUGCUGCAAAAUGAAUUGCCUCAUUGAGGAUAUUGAAGUUCUGCUUCAAACUCUAAAGCAGAAGACAAGUUUCCAUUCAACUAAAUAAAGUAUUAUUCUUCUUCUUCUCUAAUCAGGUUCUGGAGGAGUGGUUCAACAUCACGGUGAUCCCAGUCAAUGACCAGCCGCCCGUUCUGAAGACCAAAGCCCCCAGCCUGAGCGUGGUGCAGGGGGACACAGUGGCCCUGGGGCCAGAGAACCUCAACGUGGAAGACUUGGACAACCCUUCAGAGGACAUCCAGUACACUGUCAUCAGCAAGCCCAACAAUGGCUAUCUGGCCCUGGGAGGAAGCCUUAACGAGUCUGUGGUGUCGUUCACUCAGGCUCAGAUCAACAGUGGGAAGGUGUACUUUGUCCAUGAUGGAAGCCAUGCUUCUGGGGUGUUUUAUUUUAGUGUUUCCGAUGGCCAUCACAAACCGGUCUAUAAGCUCUUCAACCUCGAGGUGACGGAGAUCACCAUCUCCCUUGUCAAUAACACUGGGCUGUCUCUGGAGCAGGGACAGACAUCCGCGGUUUUAACCCAUGGGAGUCUGGUGGCAGAGACCAACGGGAAAACACAACCGUUCACUACCGAAUCACCGCGGCGCCACGGUACGGCAAGAUCCUUUGGCUGGAUGACCAGGAGGUCAGCCAGUUUGAGCAGGAGGACU